AUAGGCUUCUGUGAGAUUACCUGAUGCUGUACACGGAUGGAUAAGAGGGACCACAAAAUAGGGAUAUUUGGAGUCUGUGCUGUUACAAUGAACAUUUUCACAGGAAAAGCAUCGUUCAGGUUUCCAUAGCAAUUGGUGUUAUUGGUGAUUCAGUGUGUUUCUCAAAAUGACGGAUGUGGAAAAUAUAUACCAAGCAGAUGAAAUAAAAGAAAGUGACGUCACCAGGUAUACUGAUGACGCUGACAACACUAUUGAAUACGUGGAAUAUGACGGCUUACACCAGCCUCUUUAUGAGCUAAAACUUGGUGCUGUUCCUGACUUUCGCUCAAACCUCAAGAGGAUACAAAGCAUGCCAUGCCGAGAGAGUGACGUAUUUUUAUGUGCUUAUCCUAAAGCAGGUACACAUUGGGUAUGGGAGAUAACUCGUAUGCUUGUAAAAGGAACAACGGACUACGAAAAAGAAUCCAAGGAAACUGUAACAAACGAAUUUCACCUACCAAAGGAGUUCGAAACCAUUCCAUCUCCAAGAAUUUUCAAUACUCAUUUGCCAUUUCGACAUUUACCAAAAGAUAUAGCAAACAAAAGAUGCAAAAUGAUAUUUAUACAGAGGAAUCCGAAAGAUGUCGCUGUCUCCUUCUUUAACCACACGAAAAACUUUGACUACCUCUUCUACAAUGGUGACUGGAACCAUUAUCUUAAAUUGUUCCUGUCAGAAAAAAUAUUCUAUCAAGGUUGGUUCCAGUACACGAUGGAGUGGGAGGCGGUGAUAGCCGACAACCCACAUAUAGACUUUCUCAGUCUAUAUUACGAGGAUCUCACCAAGGAUCCUUUGGGCGAAAUUGCGAAAAUAGGAACAUUUCUGGAUGUUGAUUUCGACGAUAAAUUUGUUGCUGCCAUUGCCGAAAAAUGCAGCUUUCAAAAUCUAAAGCAUGCAAACGUUGCAAAGGAAUAUACUUUCAGUAACAACCAGCAAAUAGACGUCGGUCUUAUGUUUCGGAAAGGUAAAGUUGGUGAUUGGAAGAAUUGGUUCACUGUAGCCCAGAGUGAGGAGUUCGACAGAGUAUACAGUAAUAAAAUGAAGGAUUCAAACUUUCACUAUUCCUUUUCAGUUGUAUGA